CUCUGGUCGGCAAUGGAACGACAGUCUCCUUUUGCGCUUUCACAAAUCGAAGCGUGCGUGGCCGGCGCUUGAUUUUUUUCGAACCGUUGAUUAUUUUCGAUCGAAGGUGUCCGUUUUACCGACGGAGGUGUUGACAUUUGGUCGGUCGGUUCGAGGAAGAUAAGCAGGAAACUGUCUUGCCGAGUGUGAAGUUCUGCGACCCGAGUUGGCUCAGUAGUUACCAAAAAUGAACGGUUCAAAGCAUAGCAGCCAAUAACAAAACACCAAAAUGGCCCUCUUCAACUUCAGCGGCUCGCCGUACCUGGCCACCCCGCCGCCACCCGCAGCCAGCUACUUCCCGCCUCCACAACCCUUUUCCCCCUACCAAGCCCCUGAAGGGUCUUACUCCUACCCCCCUCCCCAGAAACAGUUCCUAGCCGAAGAGUACCCGCCUUACAGACAUCCGGAAAAUCGGCAGCCGCAAAAUACCAAAAGCCGCCCCCAGCCGCCCAAUCGUCCGACAGACAACGGGUCUAAAUCGAACGUGCACGCAAUCAUAGACUAUGACUACGAGGAGGAGUACACGCACAUACCCGUUACGCCAAUCCAGGGCCCGAUUCUCCUCAAAAACGGUCAAGUGCCCGUCGUGCCGCUCUACUCCCAUCCUGUCCUGCAAAACGGAACUUUCAUCCAUAUACCG